UUCUUGUUCGUUACCAGUCAAUAUCACAAUGAAAACAAUCUAUGCGUACUCUUGUCUUCUUUUCGCUCUGAGUUUUGUGGAGAUGAAGCCUCUCAGCAUAACUGGCCAUGUUGGGGGGAAUGUGACAAUCGAAUGCUCAGAAUGGGACUCUGUGACUGAUGUAAAAUAUAAUGUUAAGUACUUUUGUGACAGUCCAUGCACAGAAGACAAACACAUCAUCGUCAAAGCAGAAUCUGGAAAGACUGAAUAUAAAAACAGAAUAGAGGUGUCUAACACAGCAGAUGGUUUAUUUGUGACCUUCUCUAAUCUCCAAGAGUCAGACUCGAAGACAUAUUACUGUGGAGUGGAGAGAUUUGGCCCUGAUUUAUACAUAAAGGUCAAUCUUAAAGUCACAAAAGCUGAGUCUUCUAGUCCCAAGACAACUCCAAAAAAAGUCACUGCUGGUCCCACUCUCUCAUUUACUGUGACAGACGACUCCAUCACGUCUUCAUACAGCUCAGAUAAUAUGACUGAUAUGUCAACGUCACACACAACCCUGAAUACAAUGUUGCCUACUGCACCCGCAACAGGAGGAGCAGAAAACGGAGGGGAUGCAACCUUUGAAAGAGUAAGAGGAAAGGGAAGUGAGGGGGAAGUGCAAAGACUGUGGCUGGACUGA